ACCGUAACAGCAUGCUGAGGACGUUUGCUACUCUGACGGCCAAGGCGGCGCGGCAGGGCUCGACGCUGGCCCGCAAGGUGCUCGAGCCGGCGGGCGAGCACAAGGCCACUAUCGUGUGGCUCCAUGGCCUCGGCGACUCACCUGAUGGCUUUGCGCCGCUGUUCCAGGCGACACAGCUGUUCGGCGAGUCCAAGCUUGGCGAGCACAUCCGGGUGGUCCUCCCGGACGCGCCGGAGCGACCGAUCACCGUCAACGGUGGCAUGGUCAUGCCUGGCUGGUAUGACAUUGCCUCGCUCGACCGCAUCGGCGCCGACGGGCCCGAGGCUGCCGAGGACGUCGAGGGCAUCGCUGCGUCGGCGCAGGACAUCAUUGAGCUGGUGGCCGAAGAGCGGGCGCUACUGCGGUCGGGCCUCGACGCUGAUCUGGCCAAUGAUGGUCAGCGGCUGCCGAUUGUGCUCGGCGGCUUCUCUCAGGGCGGCGCCAUGGCGCUGUACGCGGCGCUGCGGGCCGAGCUCGGCCUCGCCGGCCUGGUCUGCUGGUCGUCGUACGUUCUUGCUGCCACCGAGUCGGUCGAGCUUGCGACGGCUAGCUCUGCAGCCUCGCUUCCGCCGCUCCUCAUCCACCACGGCCGCGAGGAUCCGAUGGUCCCGCUUGCGUGGGCCAAGCCCGGCUGGGACCGCAUCCGUGCCGCCUGGCCGGAGCUCUCUGGCUCGGACCUAGUCGAGUGGGACGGCCUCGGGCACUCUGUCGACAUCGACCAAGUCGUUGCCCUCGACAAGUGGCUGGCCCACAUCUUUCCGCUGUCGCGCCAGCUGUGAGUCAAAAGCCUUGAUGUGUUAUUGUUUGAACGACGCCCCGCCAAGAGACACCGCCGAUCGAUGAACGCUGCUACGGCUGGCACUGUGGUUGGCAUCACGGUCUGCCUGGCUUGGGCGGGGCCCGAGGCACAAGUCGAGCCUGGAGGUGGUCCUCAUGCUGCGGCGGCGCAUGCGGUUCGUGCGAGUGCGCGGUCGACGACGAGGCUCUCGGCACAAAGACAAUACCCAUCCGGGCGGCGGUCGUUCGUGCGAUCAUGGCGGCGGCCACGGCGGCGCCUACAACCAUGGCGCCUUCAGCGUACAUAAGCUUGGACAUGGUGAGGUGAUGGUCUGCUGCGUGGUCAAGAAAAGGAGCGCGAACAAAGAAUGAUUGCAAGCAACGUGAAAUCGGGUCCGGUUUUAGCAACAUCUGGCCCGCACACAUCCAGCGCGACCCACACAUCCAGCGCGGCCCACACACAUCCAGCGCGGCCCACACACAUCAACCAUAGACAUGAACUUGGUAGGGAGCUAGAGACUCUGGAUGGUGCUCCAGACUCGUGACCAUCGCCAUCAGGCGUGCGUGCGCGUCGUCGGCGAGUUGGGAAUGACACGGGCGCGCAGGUGGUCCUCGUGCUGCGGCGCCGAAGGCUCAAACGAGUGCGGCGCGGCCGAGAUGGAAAAGCCGCCUGCGCCAGACAUCAGCCGAUGGCGCGACGAUGCAGC